AUGGAGACUGAAUUUCAGAAUGCUUGGCAAACCGCAGUCCAAGCCGAAAAGGAUCUUCUAAAGACACUCGCAGAUAAAGAGCCAACCUUUGCGGAAAUCGCCCACUGCCUUGCGGAAUUCCGUGUGGCUUGUCGUAACGCUAUAUUCGUCGAUUUUGAUGCCGCCGCGACUGAGAACGCCGAGAUCCGUUUAUGGGACGCCCAUGUCAAGAUAAAUGCCCGUUUUCGCAAACUUUUGGCGCGAUUUCGGGAUGAUGCGGGCAAGAAGAAACCAGUCGAAAAGCGAAAACUUGAAAAACACUAUCUUGACUUUAUAAAAUUGAGUCAGAAGUUCUACAGGGGAUAUAUUCAGCAUCUGUCGUCGCAUUACACUGGUAUUCCCGAAUUGGAGCAGGUCGCAAAGAAAUUCAGCUUUGAAAACCUCAUAGUCGAUACCCCGGUUAACCCUGGUCGAGACCUGCGCGGUAGAAUACUCCAGUCCUGCCAUGCUACUUUAAUUCGCUUGGGCGACUUGUCUCGUUAUCGGGAGACAGAGCUUGUUUCAGGUAAAGAGAGGAACUGGGGUCCUGCAAUUGGUUACUAUGAUCUUGCCAGUAUCAUUUACCCAGCAUCCGGAGUAUCCCACAACCAGCUUGCGGUCAUCGCGUUGGCCGAUGGCAACCAUCUCAGAGCCACGUACCAUCUAUACCGAGCAUUGUCGGCACAAGAACCUCGACCGGGCUCGAAAGGUAACUUGGAACUAGAGUUCAAGAAAGUACUUAGUGCUUGGGCCAGGAGAGAAUUGAUCCCACGGGAAGACGCUGGGAUUCCCGGAAAGGCACUUACACCUUGGUUUGUAUAUCUUCACGCGCAAUGCUAUAAGGGUUUGGACUUCCAAGAACAUGACGAGCUUGAAAACGAGGUACUUAGUCAAUUGGCGGUUGACCUGAAGGAGAGAUCGCUUGAGGGUACCCUUCAGAAAUUUGUUCUAAUCAAUAUCGCGGCGGAAGAGCUUGCGAAAGUUAGAUCUGAAAGCGAACCAACCCAUAACGCACCGUUGUUCUUGCAGAGAAUCAAUGUCAAAACUUUCUUCACGCUACUCCAGAUUCUGCUUGCGGAGCUUGAACGCUUCGCAACUGAAGACUACGAUUCGAAGGAGUCUCAACAUGGGUCUGAAAAGAUUACUGUCGUUGCACGCCGUGUUCUACCCGCUCUACGAAACUACAGCUCGUGGCUACUUACAAAUUAUAGCUCAUUGACAGCGCAAAAGCAAGAUAAAGAUACAGUCCUCUCAGUACAGAUUCAAGAAUUUUGGAAGAUAUAUGCCAACACUUUGACAUUGUUAUCGUCAACUUUUGAUGUCAAGAAUAUCCCAGAAGUGGAGUAUCUUUUAGAGGAGGAUGAAGAGACACUCGGCUUUCAGCCCCUUAUCAACGAGGCCACCAGCCGGCGGUAUUUAUCAGAAAAUGGCAUGACAAAGCCUAGAAUGCUUGCUCCCGGCAUUGAGAGGAACCAUCCUAAUAUCGAAAUGCUAUAUCGAAUUCGAGAGUUCGUUAUCGACGGGCUAGAUCUAGUCAUUUACAACCGAAUUCCCAUAGCUCUCGUCGAUGAAAAUGAACGUACAAUGUUCAUUUAUCAGGAAGAAGGACUUCCUUCUCAGUUUUACGCAAGUCCACGAGGGCAUCAACCAACUAUCGCUUCGACGAAUGUUCAAAGGGAUGAGAUUAGUAACGUGCAGCCGGCAAGAAAUACCACCGAGGGGCGAAGUGCCUUUGGUGGUUCGCAAUCAGCUUCAAUCUCGGCUUCUACAAAUUUUAACCGAAUCGUCGAGGGUGUUGAAAAGCUAGUAGAGUCAGAUACUUAUGAAGCACCGCCAGCAAUGCCCCAGCUGCCAGAAUUUCUGCGGCCAACUCAACCUUCCAGUAAUGUUCCUUACCAGACGCCAAUGGUGCCUCCUGGUUUUGGGUUACAAGCUCCAGCACGGUCUCCCACAUUUGCACCCUUUUUCACAAGCUCAAGUAUUUGGAGCCCGAGUCCUCCAUCUCUAUCGCAUGAUGUAUCUCAGCACCGGCUCGACAAUACUCAAGCUCUCGGCCCUAGUUCGCAGAUAUCAAGAGGGCAAGACCCUUACACGCUGGACACGCCAAGCCCUAGCCUUGCUGCUUUUCAAAGUGAGCUGUCGUUGCAACAAAAGGAGAUGGAUGGGCGAUCGUCAACGCAGUUUGCGUCGACCUGGACACCACAAUCUAUUUCCACCCCCCAACCGCAGCUUUGGGGUAGAUCUCAAUUUGACAGCCUGCCUCCGUACCGUACUUCUCUGCUUCAGCAUUCGGUCCAGCCACCUCCAGGCUACGAUUUCCCGUCUUCGCAUAAUCAUGCUUUUAUUGCUUCUACCAUGUCUCCGCCUCAUGCGUCUGAUAGCCGGCAAAGUACUCAAGAUUCUUCUGCUCGUUUUGGUGCUAUUGGACAGCAAACGUCUCCCUGCGGACAGGCGGGUUGA